CUGUAGGGGAAAGGCAUGGGCGCAACAAAACGACGGCGGGGCUCCAGUCGUCGAGCUCCGGAGUCCACCGCAGCCCACGUCGUCCGCCUCCUCUCCACACACCCCGUCGCGCCCGCCUCCGGCUCCCACUCCCCUCAUGCGCCCCUCCGCGGCGGCCGCGGCCGCCUUCCUAGCCCCCGCCGUCACGGCCUCCAGCCGCCUGGUUCCGCUCCGGCGGGCGAGGCGCUUCGCUGUACGCUGCGUCGCCGCCCCUCCCGCCCCCAAGCCCGCGUACUCGCCCUCCAAGGUGAGUUCGCCGAACAAUUGGUCGCCGAGUACAAGUAUGGACAUAUAUCGCUGCUGUGUCUGGCUGCCGGAGUUGGGCUCAUCGGAAUCGUUGUAUAUCGGGUGGCUGGGGGAUCCGUUGAAUAUGCCGCAAGUCUUACCACGAUUGAGACUGGGAAGUGGCAGUGGACAUUUGAGGAUAAACCAGUAAGCGUUUACUAUGAGGAACAUGAGCAGGGGACUGCUGAGAAUGUGAAGAACAUCCUUAUGAUCCCUACGAUUUCUGAUGUUAGCACAGUGGAGGAAUGGAGGGUGGUCGCCAAAGAUAUUGUGACACGGAAAGGAGAACUCAGCUACCGUGCUACUAUUGUUGAUUGGCCUGGUCUGGGCUAUUCAGACAGGCCAUCUCUGAACUAUAAUGCUGAUGUGAUGGAGAAUUUUCUGGUUCAACUACUGAACUCACCAAAUAGUCCUGUAGCGGAUGCAGAUGGCGAACUGGUAGUUGUUGGAGGUGGUCAUGCAGCAACCAUAGCUAUCCGUGCAGCUGGGAAGGGCCUUAUCAGACCAUCUGCGGUUGCUGCUGUUGCACCUACUUGGGCUGGACCCCUUCCCAUUGUAUUUGGCCGAGGUUCUGAUAUGGAAACAAGGUACGGGCUUCUACGAGGAACCCUCAGGGCCCCCGCCAUCGGCUGGAUGAUGUACAAUGUUCUGGUGAGCAACGAAAAGUCCAUCCAGUCCCAGUACAAGUCCCAUGUGUAUGCCAACCCUGAGAAUGUGACACCGGAAAUCGUCGAGAGCCGCUACGAAUUGACAAAAAGAAAAGGCGCGCGAUACGUCCCUGCCGCGUUCCUGACGGGCCUUCUCGACCCUGUCCAGUCGAGGGAAGAGUUCCUGGAGCUGUUUGCCAAGUUGGAUGGAGAUGUCUCCGUCUUAGUGGUGUCGACGCUGAAUUCCCCCAAGAGGUCCAAGGCCGAGAUGGAGGCUCUCAAGGGCGCCAAGGGCGUGACCAAAUUCGUGGAGGUCCCGGGCGCGCUUCUGCCGCAGGAAGAGUACCCCUUGGCAGUCGCAGAGGAGCUCUACGACUUCCUGCAGGGAUCACUCUCGUCAGGAAGAUGAGCCGCAUGUCAGCAUGUGUGAGGAAACUACACUGGGGUGACCCUGACUGAGUUCAUCGACUCGUAUCGCCUUUUGCCGGUAAAUCCAUCGACGCGCCAUGUUGUUGCACCUGAACUUUUUAGAAGCAGUAAAGCAGCACCAUCAGCUCCUGGGUGCCACCACACAUACCGGACGGAGCCUGCUUCUGACGGAGCUGACGUCCAUACAUACAGCUUCAAUUUGUGUAAAAAAGCACACUGCCCUGAUCAAUAAUUGCAGUUCGUCACAGUUAAGCCCA